CCAAGUCUUACUGUCGAAAAGCAUUGUGGGUGGGGAUGCCGGUGGAAAGCUUCUCGAAAGAACUGCAAAGAUGAUGCCCACGCCGGUUAUCCUGCUAAAGGAGGGGACGGACACGUCUCAGGGCAUUCCCCAGCUCGUCAGCAACAUCAAUGCAUGCCAGGUGAUUUCUGAGGCUGUCAGGACCACCCUGGGGCCCAGGGGGAUGGACAAGCUGAUGGUGGACAACAGAGGGAAGGCCACAAUUUCCAAUGAUGGUGCAACUAUCUUGAAACUGCUGGAUGUGGUUCACCCUGCAGCCAAGACUCUGGUGGACAUCGCUCGCUCCCAAGAUGCUGAGGUCGGUGAUGGCACCACAUCUGUCACCCUCCUGGCUGCUGAGUUUCUGAAGCAGCUGAAGGCUUAUGUGGAAGAGGGUCUCCACCCUCAGACCAUCAUCAGAGCGUUCCGCACAGCCACCAACCUCGCUGUCAACAAGAUCAAGGAGAUUGCCGUUUCUGUGAAGAAAGAUGAUAAACAAGAGCAGAGGCAGUUGUUGGAAAAAUGUGCAGCUACAGCUCUGAACUCCAAGCUAAUUGCUGGUCAGAAGGAUUUUUUUUCUAAAAUGGUGGUGGAUGCUGUCAUGUUUCUGGAUGAGCUGCUCUCUCUGAAGAUGAUUGGCAUCAAGAAGGUGCAGGGAGGUGCCCUUGAGGAUUCCCAGUUGAUCUCUGGUGUUGCGUUCAAGAAGACCUUUUCCUAUGCCGGGUUUGAAAUGCAGCCCAAACGCUACGAGAAUCCAAAGAUCGCUCUGCUCAAUGUGGAGCUGGAGCUGAAGGCUGAGAAGGAUAACGCAGAAGUCCGCGUAAAGUCUGUGGAGGACUACCAGGCCAUUGUGGAUGCAGAAUGGAACAUCCUGUAUGACAAACUGGAGAAGAUCUACAAGUCAGGAGCCAAGGUGGUUCUUUCUAAGUUACCUAUCGGUGAUGUGGCCACCCAGUACUUUGCAGACAGAGACCUGUUCUGUGCUGGCAGGGUGCAGGAGGAGGACCUGAGGAGAACCAUGAUGGCCUGUGGAGGCUCCAUACAGACUUCUGUAGGAAGCCUGACGAACGACGUCUUGGGUCAGUGUGAACUUUUUGAAGAAGCCCAAGUGGGAGGAGAUAGGUACAACUUCUUCAAAGGCUGCCCAAAAGCGAAGACGUGCACCAUCAUCCUGAGAGGUGGAGCGGAACAGUUCACAGAAGAAACGGAGCGAUCGCUGCACGACGCCAUCAUGAUCGUACGCAGAGCCAUCAAGAAUGACUCCAUUGUAGCCGGUGGAGGAGCCAUAGAGAUGGAGCUGUCCAAGUACCUGCGGGAUUACUCCAGAACCAUCCCCGGAAAGCAGCAGCUGCUGAUCGGAGCGUACGCCAAGGCCCUGGAGAUCAUUCCCCGACAGCUGUGUGACAACGCCGGCUUUGAUGCCACCAACAUCCUCAAUAAACUCCGUGCAAAACAUGCACAGGGUGGCAUGUGGUACGGCGUGGACAUCAACAACGAGGACAUCGCAGAUAACUUCGCUGCCUGCGUCUGGGAGCCGUCCAUCGUGCGGAUAAACGCCCUGACGGCAGCGUCAGAGGCAGCUUGUCUCAUCCUCUCGGUGGACGAGACGAUCAAGAACCCCCGCAGCAGUGUGGACGGUCCUCCAGGUGGCGUUGGCAGGGGACGGGGCCGCGGGAGACCACAUGCUCACUAACAACGAGCAAUAGGAAAACCCCAUUUUAUAGACGCAUUAAAAUCCAAAUGCAGAAAGCAGUGUUAAGGUUUGGUUACAGCUUAGCACGUUCACCUGCGUUUAGGUUUUAAUUCUUAAUAAAAUGAGGUGUUGUAACCAGCCGUGCACAAACGGCAGGUGCAGUGAAACAAAGAAGUUCAUUAGCAAUUUCUACUCAGAUUCUGUGGACUUUUGACCGUUUUUUUUUUUUUUUUGUUUGUUUAUUUGUUUCCCACCUGUAGUUUUUCUUACUGAAGCUUUGACCUGGUAACGUCAGUUUAACAUUUCAAGCAUCUUUCCUCCUGUACCCACCUUACUGUGAAAUGCUGGUGAAAUAGAAGCAGGGGGACGGCUUUCUCUCAGAUUUCUGUCACCUUAAGUUCUGCCUCUGACCUUCCAGUCAGGUUUUAAGAGGCAAACUUAUGUGGGAG